AUUUGUAUGUUUUGUGAGCUGUGUCCACUUUCGUGUUUGUUCCAGAAUGGAAAGCAUCAGGGUUGUGAAGAGGAGCGACCACUUCCUCAGAAAACACAGGAAGUGCCCAUUUUCACCCUUCAAAACCAAAUGGCAUCAAACCUUCAAUCAGGAUGAAGCUCUGCGAGCCAUUAAACAAGCUGCAAAUUCGCCGAAACAACCCAAUUCCGACGAACCCUACCUUCUUUCGGUUCUUAUAAGCUCCUUCAGAGCCUAUUGCUGCGAUCCAACCCCCAAUGCCUACCACUUCGUCCUCAAAACCUUUGUUCGAAGCUCACAGUUCCACUACAUUGCCGCUGUUCUCGAUCGUCUCGAACGCGUCGAGAAAUUUGAAACCCCAGAGUACAUAUUUGUCGACCUCCUCAAAGUUUACGGACGAGUCAACCGAAUUCAAGAUGCCAUCACUCUGUUCCGUAGGAUUCCCAUGUUUAGGUGCGUUCCUUCUGCGCUCUCACUCAACUCUCUACUUUUCCUGCUCUGUAGAAAUGGCGAAGGUCUUCGAAUAGUUCCUGAGAUCAUAUUGAGUAGCCAGACUAUGGGUAUUAGGCUUGAAGAGUCCACUUUUCGGAUACUAAUUACUGCGUUAUGUAAAAUUUAUAAAGUUGGGCAUGCAAUGGAGCUUUUCAAUUAUAUGAUAACUGAAGGGUAUGGUCUGAACCCUGGAAUCUGCUCUUUGAUAUUGGCAUCGCUAUGUGAGCAUAAGAAAUCCACUGGUAAUGUGGUUCUUACCUUUCUGGAACAAAUGAGGCUAAAAGGAUUCUGUCCCGGUGUUGUGGAUUAUUCUAAUGUAAUUAAGUUCUUGGUUAGGAGAGGGCUGAGUUCAGACGCUCUUGAUCUGUUGAAUAAAAUGAAGGCCGAUGGUUUCAAGCCUGACAUUGUUUGUUAUACUAUGGUCUUGAAUGGGGUGAUUGCGGAUGGGGAUUAUAAGAUGGCAGAUGAACUGUUUGAUGAAUUGCUUCUCUUUGGUUUAGUUCCUGAUAUUUAUACAUACAACGUGUACAUACAUGGAUUAUGCAAACAAGGCAAUUGGGAAGCAGGGAUUCAAAUGAUUUUGCAUAUGGAGGAAUUGGGGUGCAAACCUGACGUGAUCACUUACAAUAUUCUCUUGGAAUGUUUGUGUAAAAUCGGUGAACUUGACGAGGCAAGGAAGCUUCGAGGUAACAUGCAACUAAAGGGUCUGGCAAAAAACGUGCGGACUUUUAGGAUUAUGAUCAGUGGGUUAUUUAAUAACGGUGAUGUAAUUGAGGCUUGUAUCCUAUUGGAGGAAAUGCUAGUAUGUCGUUUCCCUCCUCAGAUUUCAACUUUUGGUGAGAUACUUUCUUGGCUGUGCAAAAGGGACAUGGUAGGCAAAGCACUUGAGCUGCUCACGUUAAUGGUUGGCAUGAACUUUUCCCCUGGUCCUAAGGCUUGGGAAACACUGCUCCUGAGCUCUGAAAGUGAAUUACCUUCUGUUAAGAGCCUUGAAACUACUUUAGAAGAUUUAGUAGGCAUCUGAACAAGCUCAACCCCCGCAGAUUUUGGAGUCCUUAAUCUAUACAAGUCCUCAAGGCUAUGCUGCUACGCUUGAACUGAUCUUCAUUUUGUUCUUUAAUGGACUAGCCUUUGUUUCACCCUACUCUCAAUAAGGUGAGGGCAACAGGGGUCAAAAGAGAUUUUCCAGUGAUGUUUGAUCCCUUGUUAGAUUCUUUGUUACUCGUUGGGUCUCGGUGACAAGGUAUUGCAAUGACAACUUUGUUUGAGCUAACUGCUGGUGUUGUGGUAAAAGGAGAGCAUGCACCCUUCAACUUCAGGGGCUGGUUAAAGCUUACUUAUUCUGAUGGCGUAACUGUAAGUGGAUGCUUAAUCAAUGCUUACUUUUUUUUUAGGCCAAAUUAUAAAUCUUCAUUUACAUAGCACGUAAUGCACUUUUUAACUUUCCCCAUUUUUUUUUGUUAUCAAAGAUGAUCCACUCGAGCAUUAUUUAUUA